CAAUUGUCUUCUUUUCACCCCUAAAUUAACCUCCCUCUUCCUCCGCUGCUUAUUUAUUCUCGUCGUCGUCGUUGUCGUCGUCGUCGUCGAGGGCCUCGAUGUCCGAACUGAGCUGCCCCCAGGAUAUAGCUGCUAUUUUCCACGCUUCAUUCCAUCCCACUCAAGGCAACGUUAUUGAUUGGAGCAUCAAGGCCACUGAUGAUGUCUCUCUGGAUAACCUCGAGUUCAGUGCGUUGCCAAGUGGUCUUCAUCUAGUGGAGCAGGAUGUUAUCUACUUUACCAAGGACGAUCGGCAUGGUGUCUGCGUCUUCCGUCGGAGGAAAACCACAGAGCAGGGUCAUCGAGGCUUCCGGCUGUCCUCUCUCGGAAUCCUGUUAGCAAAAUCCGUACGUCCAAGACCAUGGCGACAUCUUUCAGCCCUGAAAGAUCUGGUGGAGACCAUAUAUACCCGCUUGGAGGUGUCCGAGAUCCUUGAGCCUAGCGACGAAGACUGGGAACCCGCUCGGAUAUUUUUUGAAGAACGCAAACUGAGGCAAGACGACCUUGGAGGCGCAGGACAAUGGAAUGGCUGGAGCUUUGAGUUUGAAGGGGACGAGCAUGAAGGGCCUGUCGGCAACCCUACUCUACAUCUACCCCAUCUCCUAAGGAUACUUGGGCCGUCCUCACUGACCUUAUACAAGCACGUUCUAGGCAGGAAGCGCAUCCUCAUUUACACCUUUCCUCCGGUUCAAGCCGCCUGCAUCUUGUGUCACGUUGCCGCGGACAUGUGUUAUGAAUAUCAAGUGGCUAGUCCCACCGUCGCUGCGGGGCGUCUGCGAGGCAAAUGCAAGGAGGGUAUCAACGUGUUGGGCAUGGUAACUCUGAGUGAUCUGGACAGGAUCCAGAAAGAAGGUGCUUCCGGUCGUGGAUGGAUUGCAUGCACGACAGAUGCGAUAUUUCUUGAAAAACCAUCUCAUUACGACCUUCUCAUUGACUUGACUUCGUCCACUCCAAACAAAGCAACUCGUCCAGCUUUCUUUUCGUCACGAUCGAUUCCCCCAUCAGGAGCCUCUUCUCGCGGUUGUACACAUCGGCUAUCAUCGGUCAGGUUUGCAUGGAGUGACAUCAAGCUUUGGAACGAACUUGACCGCAUACUUCAACUUGAUUCCUCGCAUUGCGCCAACACAUCGUGCUGUUCGCCAUCAGGAUCCUCUUCUCCUGACCCGAAAUCAAAAUUCAUCACUGCAUGGACGGAUGUGUGGCGAGUUUACGAAGAUGUCUGUAUUAUCUGUGCCGGACUCUGGAUAGGCUCGUGGAGAGGAAACUCGCCUUCAUCAUAUUCCCCUGCAAAUGCGUCUGCGAACUGGGGAAGCGUCCGGCUAGAAGGAGACGAUGACCUUACUCUCACUGCAAUCAAUGGAUCUGACCAUGUCCGAAGUUUAGGUCUGGGAAUCGAGGGCCGUCCGUCUGGAACUAGCAGUAACAAACCGAUGCGGAGAUCAAGCGGUAUGUCGUGGUCAAGCGGGCGGCCUUCUGCUUCUGCGUUCACGUCAGCUUCAGACGGGCAACAACAACCUGGGGGCGGCGACGAUACAAUACGUAGAGAUGGACAGCUGUUGACGACCCUGGCGUUGCUCCAGACCUUCCACGCACAUACUUCGUUUCAGGUGUCCACGCUGGAACCAUUUCUCCCGCCACUUCCGGAUCGCCCGAAAAGUAUCGUGCAGCUUACACCUAAAGAUGUAUUACUCUUUGAGCUGGGUCCACUCAGCCGUGUGGAUGCCAAAUAUCUGGAGUGGUUAGGGCAGGAGUACGGCGGGGGUGCGCAGAUUGUUGUUAGGCGAGGUUGGAAAGACGUCUUCGGCAUACUGUUUGGUUACGGUUAGCCUUUAGACGCCCGGUUUCGACCGAUCUAGGUCUGUCAGCCGGGAUGAUGAUCAUGUUACCUGCGGCUAUAAUGUUGUUGUAUACCACAUUUGUUGAAUCUUCAUGUCUAUAUAUUCGUAAAUGAAUUUUCCGUGUCGGCGAGUCGCAAUCCGAACCACCGAAAG